AUGGGAAUCGAGAAGGAGCUCAUCCGCCCGGGAAACGGCCCCAAACCUUCUCGCGGCCAGAAAGUCACCGUUCAUUGCACCGGCUUUGGGAAAAAUGGCGAUAUGUCUGAAAAGUUCUGGAGCACAAAGGACCCAGGGCAGCAACCUUUCUCUUUCAAUAUUGGCAAGGGAAGCGUCAUAAAAGGGUGGGAUGAAGGUGUCAUGGGAAUGCAAGUGGGAGAAGUCGCUCGUCUGCGGUGCUCCCCGGACUACGCCUAUGGAGCUGCCGGAUUUGGAGCAUGGGGAAUCCUGCCCAAUUCACCUCUGAUCUUCGAGAUCGAAGUCCUGAGCGCAGAGUGA